UUGCAGUUCAUCGCGAUAGAAGAAAUAAGUGGAGAGAUUUCUGUCAAAUCUGAGUUAGACUUUGAAUCAAGGCAGUCGUAUGACAUUAUUGCGGUGCCUAUCGAUGGUUCUAAUGCAGUUCAUGUCUAUAUCCGGGUUUUGGAUGAAAAUGACAAUUCACCAACAUUCGCUGUACCAUCAAUUAAUAUCGAAAUUUCGGAAUAUACUCGACUGAAUUCGGAAAUCUCUUUGCCAUUAGCUUCGGAUCCCGAUUCACCGCCUUAUUCUAUUCAGAAAUUUAGGAUUGUUUCUGGAAAUGUUAAUAAUGCAUUUAGACUUUCAACCAAAGAAGUAAACUCUUUAUUAUAUGUCGAUCUAAUUGUAAACGGGUUGUUGGAUCGAGAAUAUCGUGAAUACUAUAGUCUUGUCAUUGAAGCAAUCGACGGUGGCACACCACCGAGAAAAGGUACAUUGAAUGUGAGUAUAAAGAUUCUUGAUGCAAACGAUAAUGCGCCAGAGUUCACACAAGCCAGGUACUCUGCUUCGAUUCCUUGGAAUGUGACAAAAAACGAAUUAGUGACAACCGUACAUGCAGUCGAUAACGACGCUGGUGAUAAUGCCAAAAUUACUUAUUCCAUUGUUCGGAAUCGGCCAGAUUUGGUACCUCUUUUCACGAUUGAUGCUGACAGUGGCGUAAUUAGAGUAGCUGAACCUAAUUUUGAACAAGGAUUGGUUUAUGAAAUUUUAAUACUUGCCUCCGACCACGGUGUACCACAGCCUCUUGAAUCGACCGCGUUCUUGAGUGUAUUGGUCGAAAAAAGCAAUGAAAAGAAACCUCAUCUCGAUUUUAUUUGGCUGACUGAUUCUGGCAAUCCAGAAGUUUAUGAAAAUAUCUCUCUUGGAUAUGUUUUAGCUCGAAUAUUGGUUGAGCAAGAAAACCACGAAAGCGAACUUACAAUUAGUGGUAGUUCAACGGUUUGUAUAAGACAAACUGAUUCUCAUAAUAUUUACUUAUUAAUAAUCUGCGGGCAACUUGAUCGGGAAUAUAAAUCAUUUUAUGACCUUUUAUUUACCUUAACAAAUCAUGAUGGAAUAAUUUUGGAGCAUCCGAUGCGUUUUAAGGUACUUGAUGUCAAUGAUAAUCCACCUCGUUUCGAACAAUCUGUCUUACAUAUCACGAUCAAUCAAUCAUCUGAUCAGUUCGACGUUUUGCAAAUCACAGCAAAAGACAUUGAUUCUGGUGAAAAUGCUCGUAUUACCUAUUCAUUAAUGGAUAUGCCAGUGCUUUCAAUCGAAGCGGAAACAGGAAUUCUUCAUAUUGAAUCGGAGCUUAAUUGUUCAUCUGAUCUAGUUAAAUUUCGCGUCAUUGCGAAAGAUAAUGGAGUGCCACCACUUUCAUCUUUCGUUGACGUUAUAGCUGAUAUAGUUGAUAGUAAUUCGAGGCCACCUGUCUUUUCGAAACCUUUAUAUGAAGUCUCUAUCAAGGAAGACACUGAACAAGGGACUUGUUUGUUAAAGGUUUGA